CACACCCACAGAGGAGCGGUGUUACUCAGAGACUGACUGGAUUAAACGGAACAGAAGUUUUUAUAACAUAACAGAGUCCAGUUCGACCACAUCAUCUUACUGAGGUCUGUACUACGAAGCAGGAUUAGAUCUUAUUCAGGUGAAGGUAGAAAGUGUGUGUGAGCUGAAUUGAGCAGCAUGGAUCAGUGUGAGGACAGAGAGGAGGGAGUCCCUCCCUCUAAAAGCACUCUGUGUGGGGAACAUGAGAGCCAGACCAAAGCUCAGAGCCCAGAGCUGUGGGGCGUACCAGGCUCAGCUGGACAUAACCCUAAAACUAAUCCAGAACCUGGACCUGAACCCAGCUGUGUUUCCUUAAAGAGCAACGAGUCGAAGAGUAUUGGUGAUGACUUUAAAAAUGAACUUUUCUUAAAGAUCAAUAAGAGGCCAGAAUCUCCUGGACCUGAACCCAGCUGUGUUUCCUUAAAGAGCAACAUGUCCAAGAGUAUUGGUGCUGACUUUAAAGGCUGUUCUUCUGCUGCUGAGAGAGUGGAGCAGGAGAGAGCAGAGGUUUCCACUGGUCAGUCUGCACAGCAACAUCAAACACACCUGGACUCUGUGGUUACGCUGCUGGAGGAUAACAUCACCAUGUUUGUGAAGAACGAGCUGAAGAAGAUCCAGAAGCUUCUGAGUCCAGAUCACCCAGAAACUUUAAAGAGCCAGAUGGAGGAUGAGGAGAUGUUUGAAGGUGAGGAUGAAGAUGAAAGAAAAAGCUGCAGAGAAGCAUUUCUGAAGAUCACACUCCACUUCUUGAGGAGACUUAAGCAGCAUGAGAUGCUUGACCAUCUGCAGAGCAAAAUAUUUGCUCCACUCUGUAAACGUGAACUUAAAGCCCAACUGAAGAAGAAGUUCCAGUGUGUGUUUGAGGGCAUCGCUAAAGCAGGAAGCCCAACCCUUCUGAAUCAGAUCUACACAGAGCUCUACAUCACAGAGGGAGGGACUGCAGAGGUCAAUGAUGAACAUGAGGUCAGACAGAUUGAAAUAGCAUCCAGGAAACCAGACAGACCAGAAACAACCAUCAGACAAGAAGACAUCUUUAAAGCCUCACCUGGAAGAGACGAACCAAUCAGAACAGUGCUGACAAAGGGAGUGGCUGGCAUUGGGAAAACAGUCUUAACACAGAAAUACAGCCUGGACUGGGCUGAAGACAAAGCCAACCAGGACAUCCAGUUCAUAUUUCCAUUCACUUUCAGAGAGCUGAAUGUGCUGAAAGAGGAAAAGUUCAGCUUGGUGGGACUUGUUCAUCACUUCUUUACUGAAACCAAAGAAGCAGGAAUCUGCAGCUUUGAAGACUUCCAGGUUGUGUUCAUACUUGAUGGUCUGGAUGAGUGUCGACUUCCUCUGGACUUCCACAAAACUACAAUCCUAACUGACCCUAGAAAGUCCACCUCAGUGGAUGAGCUGCUGACAAACCUCAUCAGAGGGAACCUGCUCCCUUCCGCUCGCCUCUGGAUAACAACACGACCUGCAGCAGCCAAUCAGAUCCCUCCUCAGUGUGUCGACAUGGUGACAGAGGUCAGAGGGUUCACUGACCCACAGAAGGAGGAGUACUUCAGGAAGAGAUUCAGAGAUGAGGAGCAGGCCAGCAGGAUCAUCUCCCACAUCAAGAAAGCUCGAAGCCUCCACAUCAUGUGCCACAUCCCAGUCUUCUGCUGGAUCACUGCUACAGUUCUGGAGGAUGUGCUGGAAACCAGAGAGGGAGGACAGCUGCCCAAGAACCUGACUGAGAUGUACAUCCACUUCCUGGUGGUUCAGGCCAAAGUGAAGAUGGUCAAGUAUGAUGGAGGAGCUGAGACAGAUCCACACUGGAGUCCAGAGAGCAGGAAGAUGAUUAAAUCUCUGGGAAAAUUGGCUUUUGAUCAGCUGCAGAAAGGAAACCUGAUCUUCUAUGAACCAGACCUGACAGAGUGUGGCAUCGAUAUCAGAGCAGCCUCAGUGUGCUCAGGAGUGUUCACACAGGACUUUAAAGAGGAGAGAGGACUGUACCAGGACAAGGUGUUCUGCUUCAUUCAUCUGAGUGUUCAGGAGUUUCUGGCUGCUCUUCAUGUCCAUUUGACCUUCAUCAACUCUGGAAUCAAUCUGCUGGAAGAGCAACAAACAGGCUCUCAGACAGAAAAAUAUUUUUACCAGAGUGCUGUGAACAAGGCCUUACAGAGCCCCAAUGGACACCUGGACUUGUUCCUUCGUUUUCUCUUGGGACUGAAGACUAAUCAAACUCGUUUGCAAGGCCUGAUGACACAGACAGGAAGUAGCUCACAGACCAAUCAAGAAGCAGUUCAGUGCAUCAAGGAGAAGCUCAGUGAGAAUCUGUCUGCAGAGAAAAGCAUCAAUCUGUUCCACUGUCUGAAUGAACUGAAUGAUCGUUCUCUACUGGAGGAGAUCCAACAGUCCCUGAGAUCAGGAAGUCUCUGCACAGAUAAACUGUCUCCUGCUCAGUGGUCAGCUCUGGUCUUCAUCUUACUGUCAUCAGAAAAAGAUCUGGAUGUGUUUGACCUGAAGAAAUACUCUGCUUCAGAGGAGGCUCUUCUGAGGCUGCUGCCAGUGGUCAAAGCCUCUAAAAAAGCUCUGCUGAAUAGCUGUAACCUGUCAGAGAGAGCAUGUGAAGCCCUGUCCUCCUCUCUUCAACUAGAAGACUGUGAGCUCAGAGCUCUAGACCUGAGUAACAACAACCUGCAGGGCUCAGGUUUGACAAUACUGUCUUCUGGACUGAAGACUGCAAACUGGAAACUGGAAACACUCAGAUUGAGUGUCUGUAAUCUCUCAGAGAGCAGCUGUGAAGCUCUGACUUCACUUUUCAGCUCCCAGCCCUCUAGUUUGAGAGAGCUUGACCUGAGUAACAAUGACCUAAAGGACUCUGGAGUGGAAGUUUUAUCUUCUGGACUGAAAAGUCCAUAUUGUGAACUGGAAACACUCAGGCUGUCAGGCUGCCUGAUCACAGAGGAAGGUUGCAAGUCUCUGGUCUCAGCUUUUAGCUCCAGUUCUUCCCAUCUGAAAGAGCUGGACCUGAGCUACAAUAACCCAGGAGAGGCAGGAGUGAAGAUGCUUGAGCAGCUAAGACUGGACACUCUGAGGGCGGAGCCUGCUGGAGUCCGAUGGUUGAGACCAGGUCUGAGGAAGUAUUCCUGUCAACUCACAAUCGACACAAACACAGUGAACAAUUGCCUCCAACUGUCUGACAACAACAAGAAGGUGACACAUGUGUUAGUGUCUCAGUCAUAUCCUGAUCAUCCAGACAGAUUUGAUGUUUGGCAUCAGCUGCUGUGCACAGAUCCUCUGACUGGUCGCUGUUACUGGGAGGUCGAGUGUAGAGAGGAGGUUCUAUUAUCAGUGAGUUACAGAGGAAUUGGAAGAAAAGGAAGGAGUUAUGAGUGUAUUUUUGGAUUAAAUAAUCAGUCCUGGAGUCUGAGCUGCUCUGCUGGUCCUCCCUCUGUGUGGCACAAUAAGAGACACACAUCCGUCUCCUCCUCCUCCUCCUCCUCCUCCUCCUCCUCCUCCUCUGUCUCUAACAGAGUAGCAGUGUAUGUGGACUGUCCUGCUGGCACCCUGUCCUUCUACAGAGUCUCCUCUGACACUCUGAUCCACCUCCACACCUUCAACACCACAUUCACUGAACCUCUUUAUCCUGGAUUUGGGUUAUUGAAUCCAAGUACAGCAAGUUCAUUUCGUCCCAUGCCUUUUUCUGUUACUAAACUAUGGUAUGGCGUUGACUCGGUCACUCUGUGUAGUUAGAGUCUUCCCCUGUUAGUGAAACAGUCUGACUGUUGAACAGAUAGUUCAGUCUGUACAUGUCUGUCUUAUCAAAUUCGGUUCUUUUAAAUUCUUUACCGACAGAGAAAAACCUGACUCAGUGUGGUCAAAAUAAUAAUUAUUUUAUUCAAGCAUUACUUUCCGGAAAGGGAUGUGCACAGGCUAAAUCCUGAGCAGAUCUGAAGCAUUAGAAGCCAAAAUGAGCAUAACAUAGUUAGUCAUACGUCACACAUAGUCACACAUAGUCACACAUAGUUUCGAUAUAAACAACUCUGCCUAGUUUCACUUCCUGUCCAAAUCCUGUUCUCUGCAGCUCUGCACAAAACUUCCUGUUCUAAGCCUCCUCUAAAAUAAGACUCCGUUGUCAAGGCAACCUGUCACCCUCUGACCUAUUUUAUACUCAAAGUUGGCCCUCUCUUAAGCUGGAAGCAAACUAUAAUAAAAACAAGUAACAAUAAGAACUAAAUAAGCACUAAGAAUAUAUGUUUAUUCCGUAACAGCCUCCCCCUUUUUGUCUUUCCUAAGAAAGACGACAUAAUACCUAAGUUAUCCCCUUAACUUUACUUGCAUGUGAGAAUAAUAGCUAAAGUAUAACAAAAGAAACCAUACGAAAUAAAACGAAACCUUUCAAUUGCCCAACCAUAUAUGUCAUCCGUCCCCUCAACGGGUUGUGUAUUUUCAAUGUUCCCUUAUUAUUGUGGCAUAAUUACUUCUAUCCACAACAAACAAAUCAAACAAAUAAGUCAAACUCUAAGGCCGCACCUCGCAUCUACGCCGGACUGUGAGUUGUCCUACCUUUACUUCCUACACCCCCUUUUCACCCAGAAUCACAGUUUAAACUCACUUCUGACUUCCCUCAUGGUAAAAUCCAAACAGAUAUAAUUAGCUUUUCCUAGUAAACGGUCCUAGAUUACUUUUGUAAAUCUAUGGAAAAACAGUCUCUAUAGAGUUAACCCGUUUCCUCUUUAAAAAAUACUCCUGGUUUCUUAACACACAACUUACAGUUCACUUAAUUGUCCCUUUGUCCCCCUUUAACGGGUAGACCAUAUCCGGCAUGACCACUGUGUUUGGGCAAUGGACAUCACAUAAAAAUCAUACAAACUAUCACUAAAGCUCCUCCUUCCAUUACUCUUCAUUACUUUGUGCUCACACUAUAACCUCUGUCUAACGAGCUUUUGAUCUUCUUUACAAUCUAAACAACUAAUCUUCUGGGAGGUUUCUCUGUGGUCUAUGCUUCCUUUGGGUCCCCCUUUUUUUGGCCAGAUCCGUUUGGUCUGGUGCUUCCUGGAUUCUUGCCAACCCCUUCAUGGUUUUGCUGUGGUUCUGGAAUCUGCUCCUUCUUCUGUAAAGGACAGAAAAUGAAAACACCUGUCUGCGACGCAUCAGUCAUCUAAUGUGUUCAUCCAUUGUUCUUUUAGUUAUUCAAAGUUAGUUCAGACAAUCAUGUUUGGGACUCUCUGAUCUACAGGAUUAGUCUAAGUAUUAUUUAUGUGUGUAAGCGUGUUUGUAUUUACCCUCUGCACUCUAAGUCAUUUUCCUACAUUUUCAUCCUAUAUAUGAACAAAGCUUAUGACCUUCACAAGACUGAGUAGCAAUUCCUUUGAGGACAAUUGCAAUGUGUGUAUGAAAACUAGUUAUAACCGCUUAUUCUAGUAAAAGAGAUCAAAGAGAAAUCAAACACUUUCAAUCUUAACGUCUUCCCUUCUUACACCAAAGCAUGUUUCCUUCAGCCUGCUGUCCCACAGUUUCCCCUUCAGUGUGGUACUCAGCUUCUCAUAAACACAGGCAUUUUAUCUUCUAAAGAGGAUUCAUUUUAUUUUAAUCCUUUAAGCUUAAACAUGAAAAUAAUGAUUUAUGCGUAAGUUUUACCAUAGCUAAGUUAUCAAGCACGCAAAAAGUCAUAAACUGAUCAUGGAACCCAUUGUUUCAAAUUAAACCUAAAAUUCCCCCUCUGACACUGUCAGGGUUCCUGGGUCGUUGACCCAGUGCUUUCAGUUUUGUCACGUUUAGUUUAUGUUGCCCCAUCAAUGUUCUCACUUCCUGCUUUUCCUGUGUCAGCUCGUCUCUUGUGUCGUUUGCCAGAUUAUGUUCAGCUGUGUUCUCACUGGUCUCUCAUUAUCAUCCUCAUCAGUCUGUGUAUUUAAGUCCUCUGUUUCCACUCGUUCACUGUCGUGUCAUUGAUGUUGUCACUGCCAUUUCCAUGUGUUCCGUUCUGUUCAGUCACUUCAGUUCAGCCAGCCAUUUCAAUAAAUACCAUUAUCCUGCACCGUGAGUCCAGCGUUUGGGUCCUCCUCUUCUCAUUCACACACGAAACCCUGACAGACACAUUUUAUGUGUCACACAAAAUGAAAAUGCUUCACCACAUCUAGGAAAUUAAAAGAAAAAGGUUAGUCAUAUUAUUUCUCAGAACACCUCAGCGAUUCUCCUCUCGAGUAUAUUUGCUCCGGGCCUGCAAACCUGUGUUAAGAAAUGAAAUCAGUUUAAUUAUCAAGUUAAAUCUGUUGAACUCCUGGCUCCACCCAGAGCCUGCAUCCGCAGAACUACCUAAAAACAAAACCUGUGUGUUAACAUGAACUUCACAUUUGAAAACCCCAUUUUUUGUUUUAUUUUUAUUUAUUUAUUUAUUUUUACUUUGCUCUUGUUUUCCUGCAAUACC